UGUCCUUGACACGUCUGCUGCGAUCACGGAAUUCGGAAAGAGGAUAACCAAUCAUAUGAAACUGAGGGCAUGAUCUUUUCUGUUAGCGAGACAUGGCGGCUAAUGGCAAAGACCAUCCUCUUGAAAUUGUUUCCAAAGUUUGGCCCAUCAAAACUGCAAAAUGUGAACAGAGAAAGGUGGAAGUUUUUAAUAGAGCUGACCCAGAGCAACUGAGGGAAAUAUUUUUGAAGUAUGCCAGUGUUGUGGAGGAUGGUGAACAUUAUAUGACAUAUGGAGACCUUAUUCAGAAAUACCUAAAUUUUCUUGGUGAAGGUUGCGAUGAGUUCACCCUGAAAUUAUUUGCUUCCAGUGUAGACACUUCAAGAGAUGGGAAGAUUUCGUUCACAGAAUUUCAGGCCUUUGAGGCUGUUCUGUGUCUGCCUGAUGCCAUGUAUGCUCUGGCCUUCCAGGUUUUUGACCGAAAUGGAAAUGGGUAUCUUUCUUGUGAUGAAUUUGAAGAUAUCAUAAAACACACAACACUGAACAGAGAAAUUCCAUUUAAUUUCAAUAGCGAGUUCAUAAAACUUCACUUUGGGAAAGACAAACAAAGAAAAAUCACUUACCCAGAGUUUACACAGUUGAUUCAUGAUUUUCAUGAAGAACAUGCCUUGCAAGCUUUUCGGAGGCGAGACAAAGGGGACACAGGCUACAUCAAUGCAAAGGACUUUGAGGAAAUCAUGUGUAAAUUAAAAAGUUACCUCCUGACCCCAUUUGUCAAAGAAAACCUGGUCACUGUGGCCAUGGGAGGGGGACACAGACAGAUUAGCUACUCCUACUUUACUGCUUUUGUGUCCUUGUUAAACAACCUAGAGCUGAUCCAGAAAGUUUAUCUUGCCUGUACACGGCGUGACAAAACUAUGGAGGUCACAAAAGAGGAGAUGUUGUACCAAGCCCAGGAGUUUGCUCAAAUUACACCACUAGAGAUUGACAUCUUGUUUCAGCUGGUUGGACUGAAGCAUCAAACAGGGAGGGUUACCUUUGAAGACAUCACAGACCUGUCCCCAGCUGAAGGAAGGGAGACACCAUAUUCUAUUCAAAUGAGGAUAGCACAGGAAAACUUGAAGGAAAAGUUGGCUUUGGAACAAGGAACAGAGAGAACGGUUUUCCUGGAAAUCCUAGAGAGUGUCUACAGAUUUACCUUGGGUUCUAUUGCUGGAGCUACUGGAGCAACAGCAGUGUACCCAAUCGACUUGGUGAAGACUAGGAUGCAGAACCAGAGAACAGGUCCAAUGGUAGGAGAGUUAAUGUACAAAAACAGUUGGGACUGCUUCAAAAAGGUGAUCCGACACGAAGGAGUGCUGGGGUUGUAUCGAGGUCUGGGACCACAGCUUGUAGGGGUCUGUCCAGAGAAAGCCAUCAAACUUACGAUGAAUGACUUAAUGAGGGAUAAGUUAACACGUAAAGAUGGUUAUAUUCCUCUCUGGGCUGAAAUGAUUGCAGGAGGCACAGCUGGGGCCUCUCAAGUCAUGUUUACUAACCCUCUGGAAAUCGUCAAGAUUCGGCUACAGGUGGCAGGAGAGGUUCACGGAAAGGCUAAAGUCAGUGCCUUUACUGUCAUCAAGGAACUAGGAUUCAUGGGAUUGUACAAGGGGUCCAGGGCAUGUUUCUUGAGAGACAUACCUUUUUCAGCCAUUUAUUUCCCUGCUUAUGCAAACACAAAGAAAGCAUUGGCUGAUGAAAAUGGCUACAAUUCAUGGGGAACACUGCUUCUGUCUGCUACAAUAGCAGGUAUGCCGGCUGCUGCUAUCCCUACACCAGCGGAUGUGAUCAAAACAAGAUUGCAAGUGCAGGCUAGAACGGGACAGACAGCGUAUAAUGGGGUCAUAGACUGUAUACGUAAGAUAUACAGAGAGGAGGGAGGCUGGGCCUUCUGGAAAGGGACGCCUGCUCGCGUGUUUAGAUCCUCCCCCCAGUUUGGUGUGACACUGCUGACAUAUGAAGUUCUCCAGAGACUGUUCUAUGUGGACUUUGGUGGAAGACGUCCCGAGGGAUCAGAGCCUCAGUCCGUACAGCUGGAGAAACAACUUUCUCGUAACCCGGAUCACAUCGGUGGCUACAGACUGGCUCUGGCCACAUUUAAUGGGAUGGAAUCCAAGUUUGGACUGUGUCUACCCAAAUUCAAAAGCUCAAUACAAACAUGAUUGGAAGGAUUUUAGGUUGUUAUUUACAAAGAAUUAGUUAUUUUUUUAAUUUAAAUUAGGAUAGGUGUUGAACCAUUCCUUACAUCCCCGUGUGUUAUAUACAGAUAGACAAACUUGUCUUCUGUUUUUAUAUUGUUACUAUUUAUAGACUUGUUGACUAUGUUAUUGAAAUGUUGAGGGAAAUAAAUAGUCACAGAUUGAAACAAGAAGGGUAAUUAUAUUUCCUAUUGACUACGUUUCUAAACUUGACUUCAACAAAAUGUAAAUUAAUUAAAGAGUGUAUUUGGAGAACCUUUUUUAGUCUUUAGUGUGGGAAUUUAUCUGACGGUAUUAAAUUAUGAAUAUUUCGCAUGUUCAUGUGCAUAGUAAAUCGGUACCUCAAAUUGAAAAAACCUUGCCCACAGUCCAAGUGUAUGUAUAUCAAAAGAAUAUUGUUGCUAAGAUUUUCAUUUAUUUUGAAUAUUAGGGAUGUGUCAAAGUGAUACAUGUAUAUCAGUCAGGAAUGAUUUAUGGAUUUGGGUCUCAACUUUGAUUAUUCCAACUUAUUGGAUAUUGCCAUUAUUUUUGUUUGGCAUAAAAAGUUCAAAAUACUAAAGUAAAUGUAUGACUGAUGUUUAAACUUGUAUUAUAGAAGAUGCUGUUAUGUAUUUUAAGUUCAGCUAAAGUGUUGUUAGAGAGUCAGUAUUGCUUAAAAUUUACCAAUGCUUGCAUUUGAUAAGUUUUUGAAUGAAAGAUGUAACAUUUGAUCUGAGGUAUAAGAGAUGCUACAUUUUAUUUAAGCUUAAAAAGACUAGAAUAUCUUAAUAAGGGGGGGGAGGGUGUUACAGUAUGCAAUGUUUUUUUUUCCAGGGAAGUGAACAGACAUUGUGAUAGGUCAACUGCCACAAAGGCAGUGAUGUUGAACAGUCUAGCAUUGCUUCUGCUUGAAAGAACAAUGUACAAAAAGGUCAUGUAGAUUUUAUCAUGAUCUGCCAAAAAAAAUAGAUUUUUUUUUUUUUAUGAAUCAUCAAAGUUUAAAAAGAGAAAGUUGCAGAUUUGUGCUAGGAAAACUCUGAGCUCUGAAGGAAAAAGUAAAUUUCAUGUUCAUAUAUGUUCAGUUUAAAGAAUUAUCAAUUAACCAUUAUUAAUUGUAUUCAAUUAAAUGUUCCAAAUGCAGAAAUCUCUUGAGGAAAAUGGUGUUCAUGGGUUUUUAUUUCAUUAUACAUUUUCCACAGUAUUUUUUCAGAGAUUUUUUAGCUCCUAUGUGUGUUUGGGUAUUUAUUUGAUUUUGUGGUGGUUUUUUUCUCCUUCAAACUAGUGAUCGGAAGUUGAUUGCACAGAAAAUUAGCCAAAAUCAUAUGAAUUUUUUAAAACAAAAAUGUUAUAUUGUAAAAGUGCCAUUAAUAGCAUUACAUGUAUUAAUACAUGUAUUUCAGUGAUAAUUUGUGUUAAAACUUUGGAGAUGGUACCUGGUGUUAAGAAAUACACUGAAAAUGUACAUGAAAUAAAAAAAAAUGAAUUGAACUCAGAUACUUUUUAAGUUCUGUAUUUUUAAAGUCAGACCAUGAUAUAAGAUAUGGUGGAAUAGUUUUUUUUUGUACUAAACAAAUCUGUCUUGCUUUGUUUUUAGAUAAAUGUUGCAUUAAGAUAUUAUGAUAAUACUGAUUUUUUUUAAUACAUUGUACCCUUUUUUCAGUAAUUUGUUCACUUGGGUAAUCAGAAAAGAUUAAAGUCUUUGACAAAGAAUGAAAAAGUUGAAACUUCCUCUCUUGAUCUUAAAGAAGUUUUAUUUAGCAAUGAAUGGAAUUAUAUUUUGAUUUGGAACAACUUGGACCUGGUUAAGGGGUUGAUGCUUUCUGUCAGUUUUAGUAGAGAAUAAACCCAGCAAUUUUCUUUGACCCAUGGUUCGUAUGGGGCAUUGUUUCACAUUGUUAUUGUGCUAGUCGUAUACUUCCAGACAUCAGCAAGAUGUAGUGAAAAUCUGGUACCUUUGGUACAUUUAACAGUUUAUAUGAAUGAGCAGUGAAAAAAAAAUGCAGUGUGGAAUGCACCUUUUUUCUGUACACAAAGUUCAAAUGAAGUGUCUACUAGGCAUGUACACGUAUAUUUCAAAUUCAUCUGGUGUGAAACUUAAUAUUAAAAUGAUGUACUGUUAUUAGUUAUUGAUAAUUUCAUUAUUUUAAAUGACUAGAUUUUGUGUAAACUGACUUUGUAUAAAGUCUCCACAAGUCUUUUUUUUUUCAACUUUUCAAGCACUUUGAUUUUUUUUAAAACUUUCAAGCACUUUGAUAUUAUAGCAAACUGUAUAGGUCACAAGCUUCAUUGUUCACCAAACAUUUAGAAGUAAUUAUGCCAUGAUGUGAUCUGCUUUAUUAUAGGCAACUAUCAGCUUUUCCAAUUAUUUAUUUUUAUAUGUAGUCAAAAAGUAGUUUUAACUUAAAUCUGGCUGCCAGACACUAAAGAGUGUAAGAAUGUGUAAAUUUUAUGAAUGGUUUUGAUACUCAAUGCUUACAUCAUUGCCAUGUUUUGUUGUUGUAUAUGGUAACUAAAUAUGGUACUGAAGUGAUUCAAUACAAAAAGGACAGAAACAUGAAUGAUUAAUAAACAAUUUUAUAAGUUUUCA